AUGCCCGAUAGUUCGGAGCAAUUGUCGUCGCCGAACAGCGAGUGCAACGGUCAAAUAGGUGGCAUGCACCGGAACGCGGCGACCGGACAGUUUGACGAUUCGUCGAUGCCCGGACUCGCGUUGACGCAUCAUUCUCAUUCGCAAACGGUGACACCGGUGUCCAACGGCGGACUUCAGUAUCCUCAAGAGCUCACCACUUGCAGUUCCGCGAAUACGUCCAGCAAUAUCGGAAAUAUCGGCGGUCUUUCUCUGGGAAUUACGGCCAGUAACUAUACGCCGGACCAGAUAUCUUGCAUGUGCAAGGCGUUAUCGCAGAGGCAGGAUAUCGAGAAGCUCACGAGGCUGCUAUGGUCCUUGCCGCCCGGCGAGCUGCUCCGUCGCGACGAGAACGUGCUGAUAGCGAGAGCCACGGUGGCUUUUCAUCGAGGCGCCUACCACGAGCUCUACUCCAUCCUCGAGAGCCACCCGUUCACGCCGGAUCGGCACCCGGAGCUGCAGCAGAUGUGGUUCAAGUCGCAUUAUCGCGAGGCGGAAAAGAUCCGCGGCAGGCCGCUCGGCGCGGUGGACAAGUAUCGGCUGCGGAAGAAAUAUCCGUUGCCGAAGACGAUCUGGGACGGCGAGGAGGUGGUGUACUGUUUCAAGGAACGAUCGAGGAACGCGUUGAAACAGUGCUACAUGCGGACCAAGUACCCGCUGUCCGAGGAGAAGAAGAACCUGGCGAAGGAGACCGGCUUGACAUUGACUCAGGUGGCGAAUUGGUUCAAGAAUCGACGACAGAGGGAUCGCACGCCGCAGACGAGAACGGAUAUGUUGCCCCUCAACUGCCAAAAUAAUCCAGGCAACGUGAUCGGCAACUCGGUGAGCAACGGAGAGAGCAUUCAAUCGUUGCAGAGCAUCGAUUCGAACGGCACGAAUCUCGCCAUGUCGCCGCUCUCCACCAUGAGCAUGUCACCGGUCGCGGUGAACCCGUGCAGCCCGAUGGGUAUGAGUCCCAUGGCUCCGCGCCAUCCGAGAUACGCCACACCUGUCGCCCCGUCCUCCGUGCACACCACGCACCCCCAUAGCGGUGGUCUCAGUCCCAUGAACGACGUGAAGACGCUGUGCUACGGACGCGGUGUCUGCGAAACCGGUAAAGACGCGGAGCAGACUUCCGUCUAUUACUCUAGCCAUUCGAGCAUGCAUCAUCAGUAUUAUCAACAAACGCAUCAUCAGAUGAUGUCCACCGCGCAUCAUUACCAGCACCACCAACAGAGCAUGCCAACCGGAUACGAAAUCGCGCUUCCACCCCCUCAGCAUUCGACGUGA